CCCCUUUUUACGCGUUCGUGCCCCAUUUUAUGUGAUUUCUCUCUCCUAGGGCGGCAUCCACAUCUACAUCCCACUUGUUAUCUCAAUCUUCAUAACCACCCACUUUCUUCUUCAGUCUAAACAACUUUCCCCUCCACCAAUCGAUUACACGUAACUUAGCCGACAUAGACUUCAAUUGUGCUCGUAUUGGAGUCAAGAUGUCUUCACCAGCUAAUCGCCGAACACGCAGUUCGCAAGCCGGCACACCAAGUCGAAAUACACGAAAUUCUCAAGCCCUUCGCAGCAGUCCCGUUCCUGCGAAUGGAGCGCAGAAUCUAAAUGCUCCUAACCAUCCCUCGUCACAGUUGGCAUCGAGUCCUCUAUUCUAUCAAUCCUCACCAGCCAAUGGAAACGAUAGAAGUUCCCCCGCUUUACGCCACAAUACCGACAGCCAAAGCACCAACGCCAAUGCCGACGCAGCACCUAGUUCGCCUUUACGUCGCAUGACAGGAAGCGAUGGCGAUCGCACACCAAGGGCCUCUAGAUCACUUAUGGGUGAAUCUUCACCCAUUCGAUAUGAACCAAGUUCAAGUCCCGGUCGAGGUCUACACCCGCAAACCGAUCUUCGAAGCGAGAGCAGUAACUUGUUCGUCGGAGCAUCCGAUACUCCACGAGCCAACCGGGUAAACCGAAGAGGUGAUAUCAACUCCGAGAUUUUUAGUAGUAGUGGUCGGGGUGGAAGUCGUGUUAUUUUGGACGAUGCAGGCCGUGUAGUUCGAGAAAUCCAUUCCGAUGCAGCAACCUUUUCCAAUCUGAAUCCUGGGACCUCCGAUGCCGAUGCUCUUGGUGGACAAGACAAUGCGACUAUUUGGGGUACUACGGUCUCCAUUGACGAUACCUAUGCCGCCUUCAAAGACUUCCUACGCAAUUUCACCAAGAAAUAUCGUAUGUGGGGUAUAGGUAUGACGACAGAAGAGACGGAUGCUGACCCAGACUCUACAUCCAAACCGUAUUGGGAAGAGCUUCAAAACAUGCUCAUUCUCGGACAACGAAUCCUCUAUGUGAACAUCCAAGAUUUCAAGUUAUACCCCCCUACAAGGAAGAUGUGGCAUCAAAUUCAACAUUACCCCCAGGAAAUUGUGCCAUUAAUGGACCAGUCGGUUCAUGAUCUGAUGAUUGAGCUUGCACAGGCUGAAAUGGCUAGGCAAAGGACUCAAAGCAAUGGGGGACACGCAGCGCAACGCAGCAGCGCGCCUAGUUCAGACAUGCAUAUCCCGAGCUCAGAGCGAGGCGAGGAACCCCAAACCCCUUCGCAACGACCUCCUCAAGGACCUACUUUAGAAGAGAAGGUCAUGGAUCAAACCUACAUGACUCGACCUUUUGGUCUAGAUGAGGCCACCAACCUGCGAGAUCUGAACCCAUCUGAUAUGGACAAGCUUAUCUGUAUUAAGGGUCUUGUGAUCAGGACAACACCCGUUAUCCCAGACAUGAAACAGGCAUUCUUCCGAUGCAGUGUUUGCAGCCACUCGCUCCUGGUCGGCCUAGACCGAGGCAAAAUUCGAGAACCCACGGAAUGCCCACGACAGCUAUGCAAUUCCAAGAAUUCUAUGCAAAUUGUACACAACAGGUGUGAAUUCGAAGAUAAGCAGGUUAUCAAAUUACAGGAAACACCCGAUGCCGUGCCUGCUGGCCAGACACCUCAUUCAGUGUCAGUUUGUGUUUACAACGAGUUGGUGGAUUUCUGCAAAGCUGGUGACCGUAUCAAGAUUACGGGAAUUUAUCGUGUCAGCCCUGUCAGAGUCAACCCGCGACAGCGCUCAGUCAAAAGCGUGUUCAAGACCUUUGUCGAUGUUGUGCAUGUUGCCAAGGUCGAUAACAAGCGCAUGGAUAUGGAUCCUUCUACUCUCGAGGAAGAAACUAAUGAUUCAGAAAACAACAUCGAAGAAACACGAAAGAUUACCCCUGAGGAAGAAGAGAAGAUCAAAGCAACUGCUGCCCGCCCAGAUAUUUAUGAGCUUCUCUCCCGAUCGCUAGCUCCAUCAAUCUACGAGAUGGACGACGUGAAGAAGGGUAUUCUCCUCCAAAUGUUUGGAGGCACGAAUAAGACCUUUGAAAAGGGUGGUAGUCCGAAAUAUCGAGGAGAUAUAAACGUCUUGCUCUGUGGUGACCCGUCGACAGCGAAGUCCCAGUUGAUUAAAUAUGUCCACAAGAUUGCCCCUCGUGGUGUAUACACUAGUGGUAAGGGAUCUUCCGCAGUCGGUCUCACAGCAUACGUCAGCCGUGAUCCCGAGACUAGGCAAUUGGUACUUGAAUCGGGCGCUUUAGUCUUGUCCGACGGUGGUGUAUGCUGUAUCGAUGAGUUCGAUAAAAUGUCCGAUGCCACUCGUUCGGUUCUCCACGAAGUUAUGGAACAGCAGACAGUUUCAGUUGCUAAAGCUGGUAUUAUCACGACAUUAAAUGCCAGAACCAGUAUUCUGGCAUCGGCCAAUCCAAUUGGGUCUCGAUACAAUCCCGACCUACCCGUUCCACAAAAUAUCGAUCUUCCACCUACAUUAUUAUCACGAUUCGAUCUUGUCUACUUAAUCCUCGAUCGUGUCAACGAAUCGAACGACCGCAGGUUAGCCCGACAUUUAUUGUCGAUGUAUUUGGAAGAUAAACCUCAAUCCGCUCCCUCUGCUAAUGAAAUAUUGCCCGUGGAAUUCUUAACCUCCUAUAUUUCAUACGCCCGUACCCAUAUCCACCCAACAUUGUCUCAGGAUGCUUCUCAGGCCCUGGUAGAUGCAUACGUUAAGAUGCGCAAACUCGGACAGGAUGUUCGCGCGGCAGAAAAACGUAUUACGGCGACAACCCGACAACUUGAAUCGAUGAUCCGUCUUGCUGAAGCACACGCCAAAAUGCGCCUCGCAACUACAGUUACGGCGGCCGAUGUACUCGAGGCUGAGCGACUCAUCCAGUCUGCGCUGAAGACUGCAGCAACUGAUGCUCAAGGUCGCAUUGACAUGAGUCUACUCACAGAAGGCACUAGCGCGGCAGAGAGGAAGCGCAAGACUGAGCUGAAGGAAGCUGUUCUACAUCUGCUGGAUGAGUUAACUGGCGGUGGACAGAACGUGCGAUUUAGUGAUGUCAGUAGACGGUUGAACGAAGGAGCAAGUGUUCCGGUUGAGCCAGCUGAUUUCGCAGAGACGAUGAGAGCGCUUGAAAUGGAGGGCUCGAUUAUGAUUAGUGGUGAGGGUGCGAGAAAGAGUGUGAGACGUGUUACUGGCGUCGCAUAAAUUAUUUAUGACGAUAUUUUGAAAGGGGAAGACCAAGCAAUUAUGACGGAGUCACGAAAUCGGGUAAUCCAUCGAUACCGACCGGCGUAUUUGGGGUGAUAAUGUUCCGAACAUCAGGCAAGUGAGACGGGUUCGUGGAAUGAGUUUAUGAAGCUGCCGAUUAAUUAAUAUAUGAAAAUGUUAAAUGUUACACAAAAACU